UCAGGGCCGGCAUUGCGUGAUGACGCAGAACGCACAGGUGGAACGCAAGUGAGAGAUCCGCUGUGCGUUCCAGCCAAGCAAGCGGCAGCAUGGGGAAGCUGAACGUGGUGCUGCUCCGGUAUCUGUCCAGGGAUGACUUCCGAGUGCUCACUGCGGUUGAAAUGGGCAUGAAGAACCAUGAGGUAGUGCCAGCCAGUUUAAUUGCCUCAAUAGCCAGUCUCAAACAUGGAGGCUGCAACAAAGUUUUGCAAGAGCUGGUCAAGCACAAACUUAUUGCGUAUGAGCGCACAAAGACUGUUCAGGGCUAUCGGCUAAUUUACGGUGGAUAUGAUUACCUGGCACUGAGAACUCUCUCUUCAAGGGACGCUGUCACUUCAGUUGGAAACCAGAUGGGUGUUGGGAAAGAAUCAGAUAUCUACAUUGUUGCAAAUGGAGAAGACAGUCAAUUUGCCUUAAAACUUCACCGUCUUGGAAGAACUUCUUUUCGUAACCUUAAGAACAAGCGGGAUUAUCACAAGCAUCGGCACAAGAUGUCAUGGCUCUAUCUAUCUCGUCUCGCUGCCAUGAAGGAGUUUGCGUAUAUGAAGGCCUUGUAUGACAGAGGAUUUCCAGUUCCAAAGCCACAUGACUACAACAGACAUGCAGUAGUGAUGGAGCUAAUUAAUGGCUAUCCCUUGUGCCAGGUGCGUCACAUUGAAGAUCCAGCAUCAUUGUACAAUGAAGUAAUGGAGCUGAUUGUCAAGCUUGCCAAUCAUGGCCUGAUCCAUGGGGACUUCAAUGAGUUUAAUCUAAUGUUAGAUGAUGAGGACCACGUCACUAUGAUUGAUUUUCCACAGAUGGUCUCUACGUCGCAUUCUAAUGCUGAAUGGUAUUUUGACAGAGAUGUGAAAUGUAUUCGAGAAUUCUUCCUGAGACGCUAUAACUAUGAAAGCGAACUUUUCCCAACCUUCGCUGACAUUCAGAAAGAGUGCUCUCUAGAUGUGGAGAUUGCCGCUAGUGGCUAUACUAAAGAAAUGCAAGAGGAUGAUGAGCUCUUACAGCCAGCCGGCCCUGACGACGUGGAGGUAGAAGAUGACACGGUCUGUAAGACACCCUCAGGAGACUCUCAGCUGGGCGCCAAAUGCAGCGGGAAUGACGACAACAACUUGUCAGAGGCUGUACCAGACACAUUACAUGAAGACUCUGGACCCAUGUCUGAAACAGAAGUCAGCCGUGACAGCUGUGAGCCAAGCCUAGACAUGGCAGAGUUCAAUAGUGUCUUGGCAGAACUGGAGGGGAAGACUGUUGAAAACAAAGACAAGGAUUAUACAGAAAUCCCUGUAACUGCUAGUGACGUGAGUGACAGACUGGAAAAUGAAAAAUCAGGUUCAGAUGAGGAUGUUGGAAGCCAGGAAAGUGAUGAGCAGGUGGAUUAUGAUGAUGAAUGUCCUCAUCUAGUGGAUCUUUCUGGAGCCAACAAAGAAUACAGACCAUUCAGAGAUGAAGACCGCUUACUUCACAUCAGCGAACACAGAACCAGAACUACCAGUGUGACAUCAGUGGGUACGGUCGGGAGCUGUUCUACCAUCCCACCAGAAUUGGUGAAACAGAAGAUUAAGAAGCAGCUGACGAAACAGCAGAAAGCUUCUAUCAGAAGACGACUGCAAAAGGGAGAAGCUAAUGUGUGCACCAAGCAGCGCAGAGAAAACAUGUUCAACAUCAAGUGCAGUGUGGAUGCGGCCAGCUUCUGGGGAUAGGGACCGCCAUUUACCUUCUCAAAGCUAUGCAAUUGCUCUGCUAUGGAAUAUUGUUUUAUUAACCCUUCGAAGUAAAAUCUCCAUUCAUUUUU